CAGGGAUUGUUUCAGUUGCCACAACUUCCCUACGUGGUACAAGAAUUAAUGGAGCGGGAGGCUCCGACAGAGGAAGGCCUUAUACACUUAAUUCUCCUGUUGAUGUGCGGGUCAGUAGAUUUCAGGAUACCAUGGGGGAUAGCAAUCAACUGCUUGCGUCGAUUCCCACAAAACUCGGGGGUUCUGGCAAGUUUCAUUAAGAUGCAGGGAGUGACUUAUAUUGGAUGGAUUGGUUGUGUAUCAUCCGGAUUCCACAAGCGAAUGACCGUGAAACCACCGCUUUGAGCCGGCAGACUGGAUGGACAGUGUCAGUACCGGUCGUUCUCUUGAAUAACAUCCUCCACAAACAUAUAAAGAUCAGCAUGUUUUCCCGGUUAUUGGUCAUCGUGCUGGUGUACAGCAUCGUACAAACGACGCUUGCCAUGAAUUUCUUGAGGGUAACGUCGAGUGCAGAUGAGAUUUUGGUCGAUAUUUCAGACAAGGAACCUCGUCGUCGGACGGUAAAUCGAGUCGUCUUGAAACAAGAAGAUGUCUUCAAAGCUCUGCACAAGCAAGAACAUGGACCUGAACUGAUCGAGCGUCUCAACCUCAUCACCGAAAAGAAUGCGAAUUCACCGGCUUAUUCAUUUAUCGUCGCUGAUAAACACUUCAAUUACGCCUCCACUUGGGCAGGUAUGGGUCACAUGGGAAGUUAUGAAUCGAUCACUCCAGAACUUGCCAGCGUGCUCCACAACACAAUCAAGAAAGUGUUGGCCCAAAAAGAAAAAGAAAGAAAGAUACAACUAGCCAAAGAAAAAGAAGAAUUGAGACGACUUGAAAUAGCUAAAAAAGAACCAGAAAAACAAGAGAAACGAUUGGCGUUCUUGAGAAUAACCACCAAGGAAGAUACGAUUGUGCUCGAUAGUUCAGACAAAGAGCCUCGUCCUUCGACGGUAAAUCAAGUCAUCCUGACACAAGAAGAGGUCUUCUCAGUUUUGCAGAAGGAGACACAUGGACCCGAAGCCAUUCAGCUUCUCAACCAUGUCAACAAAAAGAACGCAAAUCAAAUGUCCCCUGCAUACAUCGUCGCUGAUAAAGAGUUCAAAAGCCCCGAGACUUGGUCAGGUAUGGGUCGACUGGCAACUUAUGAACCGGUUACUCCUGAACUCGCACAAGUGCUCCGAGACGCAGUCAAGAAAGUAUUAGUCCAGAAAGAAACUGAAAAGAAAGCAAAAUUAGCUCAAGAAGAAGACAAACUGAGAGAACUUGAACUAGCCCAAAAAGAAGAAGAAGAACUAGCGAAACGAUCGGCCGCCGGCUCCCACGAAAACCCAACCGAUGCUCCAGCCGGGCUCUUUUCCACCUGGUGGGCGAAGUUGUUUGGACCCAAAACCAGUAAGCCUUCACAGUCAACCGAACAAGGCCAAAAAAAACCUGGCUUCUUCGCCGCUCUGUGGGCGAAAUUGUUUGGCCGAAAAACUAACAAGCCUUCAUCUUCGGCUUCCGCCAUUGAACCCGAAAACCAAUCACCAUUAGCUCAUUCUUGAGAGAAAACUCUGCCUCAAAUAUUGUUCAACAGUCCUCGCUUGGCAGUCCCCAGUGUAGCAGACAUGUCCAGUCUUUCUUACCUUAUCCCACUUGUCAUUUAGGUCCCGAUUUGUUUCACUUUCUUGGGCUUAUUAUUCACAUUCAUUCAUUAUUUUUUUUUUUCUUGCAGUCGUAUCCUCUCGUCAUCGAGGUGUUAAUUACAUUUAAUCUGUCUGGCUCCUAGAAGUCUUACUUGCCUCCUGCCCCGUCUCUGACACCAAAAAAAAAGUACUUCACAACAAAACAAAACCUUGAGAGCUUGCGAAUCAUCCCGUUUAGUUAGAAAAUCACGACGCCAGUUUGGAACAAAUAGCAUUAUCUAUCUUCCCGCACGCGAUUCUUGUGCUCGCAAACCAAUUU